AUGUUUAAGCAACAUCUGUCUUCACUGACUUUCAAUUCUAAGCCAAUUAUAACAAAUCUGACAGUGAUUGCAAUGGAGAAUGCCAAUUCGAUGGCAAAUGUCGUUGCACAAUGUCUUGAAGAACAUAUCAUGAUGUCACAACCAGCAUAUCGUCUCCCAGCUCUAUAUGUGCUAGAUUCCAUAUGUAAGAAUGUUGGAAUGCCUUACACUGAAAUGUGGGGUGGACGGAUUGUGACAAUCUUUAUGGAAACUUACAGAGUUGUUGAUCAUGCUGUCAAGGUACGGAUGGAAGAAUUGUUGAAUACAUGGAGAGACGCCGGGCCCAAUGGCACACCUUUAUUUGGACCGAAUGCACAACAAAAUAUUGAGAGAGCUUUAUGGGGACAAAGUGGUCCACCUUCACAACAAGCAAGAAGGCCAACUCCUCAACAAACUCCCCAAAUACCUUUUCAGCAACAACAGCAAAAUGCUAUGCGGUCACCACAACAGAUGUAUGGAAAUCAACAAAUAUUAUCUCCCAGACAUAAUAUUCAUUCUCCCUCUAUGAACAAUAAUCCAAAGAGGUCAACAGAAGCUGCGGUGAUGAUGGGAAGAUUCGAUCGAUUGAUAGCCGCUUGUCGUAAUGAACAGAGACAGAAUCCGAAUUCGUUUGAUCCUGCACGGCUAGAGGCAUUAACGAAGUUACGCAGCAUCGUUGAGAAUACUUCAUUGUCACCUGUUGAGCUAGGUCAAAUCGGAACACAACUUGAUGCUCUGGAGAGUGAGAUUCAAGGUCGUACUCCACAAAUUCAUAGUCCAUCAAAUUUGAGGAACCAAGCUGGCUAUCGUGCCACACCUCCAAGCGGUCAUCAAAUCUUUCGUUCGCCUUCUCAACAAAAUGGAGCCGCUGCCAUCCCGCCUUCGCUAAUGGGAGCGUUGGCAAAUUUGGGAAAAUUGUCUGGAAAUUUAACUCCGCCAUCGCAUCGGUCAACACCACCUCCUGCGCCUUUGAUACAUCAAGGCGGUGCAGGAAAUGUUGGUAAGCCAGGCACAUCUGCUUUAGAUCUGCUUGCCAAUCUUAGGAAAUCUGGCUUUUUACCUGCGGCUGCAGUUCCAGAUCAAGAUGCUGAAUAUUGCAAUAUGGUCAAAGGGAUGAAUAUCCGAUUGAUAACGACUGACUUACAAAAAGAAGUCCCAUUGGGUUCUCUGGAUGCGAUCAGUUCUAAAGAGUUACCACUGCAGUGUCGUCAAUGUACAAAUAGGUAUCCAGUCGGAGACAAAGGUCAGGCAAGCUUGGAUAAGCAUUUGGAUUGGCAUUUCCGACAAAAUCGAAGAGCAAAAGAUAGUGCAGUACGCGGACAAAGUCGCUCAUGGUUCAGCAAGUUAGAAGACUGGAUUCGUGGAGGACAUGACGAUGUCGCACCUUCAAAGCAUGCAGGUCAAGGUGGCGAAGGCCAAGAUGGAAAUGGCAACAAUGGUGGAAUUGGUGCAUCAUUAACGCCAGCUCAAGAAGCUGAACUGAAAGCGGCCACAAAAGCCUUUGUCAUUGCACCAAGUGAAGAUCCUGAUGCGGCCACUCGGCCUUGUCCUGUCUGUAAGGAGCUAUUCAAAUCGGAAUGGAGUGAAGAUGAGGAGGAAUGGAUAUGGAAGAAUUGCAAGUUGGUUGAUGGAAUAUAUUACCAUGGAUCUUGCUACUAUUCUGCCAAAACACUUUCAACGAAUGUGAACAAGAAGAAUUUGCCUGGAUCAUCUUCUGGAUCUCGGGAUGGAACGCCUCAACCGACAAUCCCCGCCAAAGCUCCCAAUGAUGCUAUCAGCCGGAUCAAAGAAGAGGAAGUAGAGCAGACUACAAGCGGAGUGAAGAGGAAGAGUGAUCACUUUGCCUCAGAAGAGAAUGAUGAAGGGAGCACAGAGGCCGGGGAAGAAAACCCAGCAAGCAAAAAACAGGCAUUGUCACCUAAGACAGAGGAGGAAACGCAAGUCAAAACAGAAGUAGAAUGA